AUGCAGUUCUCAUCCUUCCUAUUCGCCACUCUCGUGUUGGCUGCCUCCAGCGUCUGGGCCCAGGAUGCCACCGAUGAGGAAGCCCCUACCUGCCUGAGUGUCUGCAAUGAGGAGAAAUUUCAGUGCCUUCCCGGCAUGGUGUCUAAAAACAUUGUCCGCGAUGGCGAAGCCAGCAAUACGGCACCGACGAACGAUGAAAGAUAUGCCACAAGCGAAGGAGUAUGGUUGGACUUGAACUUUUACCUGGAAGACACCAUGGAUUCAUGA